UCGCGCGCCGGUGUGGUCCUCUUCUCAUGAUCCGCCAUUAGCAGGAGGCUUGUGGUGGAAUCUGUUCCAAAAUGCAGAUUUUCGUGAAAACCCUUACGGGGAAAACUAUAACCCUUGAGGUCGAACCAUCAGAUACCAUCGAAAAUGUGAAAGCCAAGAUCCAGGACAAAGAAGGUAUCCCCCCUGAUCAGCAACGGUUGAUCUUUGCUGGCAAGCAGCUGGAAGAUGGACGUACUCUGUCUGACUACAACAUUCAGAAGGAGUCCACUCUGCACCUGGUGCUGAGGCUGCGUGGUGGCGCCAAGAAGAGGAAGAAGAAGUCCUACACCACGCCCAAGAAGAACAAACACAAGAGGAAGAAGGUCAAGCUGGCUGUGCUCAAGUACUACAAGGUUGACGAAAAUGGCAAGAUCCACCGUCUGCGCCGCGAGUGCCCCGCGGAGGAGUGUGGCGCCGGCGUGUUUAUGGCCAGCCACUUUGACAGGCACUACUGCGGCAAGUGCUGCCUCACUUACUGCUUCAACAAGCCUGAGGACAAGUGAGCGCGGACUGGACUGGAGUAAAUAAAUAGCCUUGAGAUA